AUGGAUAGCAGUGGGAAUAAGCAGACUAAACCAGGGGCUCACUGUGUUCCUUGCACGCAGCACUGCUUCCAGGACAAGGGCUGGGGAGCCGCGCUCGCCAAGAGGCUGGUCAGAAAAUGUGAUGUUGUAAAUCGUGGAUUCUCAGGGUACAAUACAAGAUGGGCUAAAGUGAUCCUUCCAAGACUGAUCGGUAAAAGUGCCAGUGCAGACAGCACUGUUGCAGUUACUAUUUUCUUUGGAGCUAAUGACAGUGCUUUGAAAGAUCUGAAUCCCAAGCAACACAUUCCCUUGGAGGAAUAUGCUGCAAACUUGAAGAGCAUGGUGCAGUAUCUGAAAUCAGUAGACAUUACUGAAGACAGGAUUAUUUUGAUAACACCCCCUCCUCUUCAGGAGUCAGCUUGGGAGAAGGAAUGUCUUGCCAAAGGUGACAAACUAAAUCGCCGCAAUUCCACCACCGGGGACUAUGCCAAGGCCUGUGUUCAAGUAGCCAGGGACUGUGGCACUGGAGUUGUGGACCUGUGGACACUGAUGCAAAAAGAUCAGGAUUUCUCCUGCUACUUAUCUGAUGGGCUUCAUUUAUCACCAGAAGGAAAUAACUUUCUAGCAGCUCAACUUUGGGAAUGCCUGGAAAACAAAGUGUCUUCUCUUCCGUUGCUGCUGCCGUACUGGCGCGACGUGGACGCUGCGACGCCCGAGGUCAGCCUGCUGGGAGAGGCCCCUCCGUGA